AUGCUAAUUUCUGGAUUUCUGAAAUUUCGUCAGGGAAGCUACAAUGAAGCUUUGCAUGAAUUUAACUCUGCCCGAAUGUUGUACGAGACAAUCAUGGAGUCGAAGGGAAGUGUAGUCAGUCUCUUUGAAAACACGGCCUUGUUUAUGUCAGGAAGCUGUCACAUGAUGCAGGGGGUGUACAAAGACCCCAGUGUCGAACUUGCGAUGCGGAAAGCGAGGCACUACACAGGGAAUGGUGAUUACAUGCGCAUUCUCUACCAUACAUACAUGGUAUUUCUGGAAGGGGCAGAAAACCAGGAAGAAUUGAUCAAACAUGUGGAGAAACUUUUGGAACUGUUUGUGCGCUUCCGAUGCCCCAAAGGACAAGAACUUUGGGCUUCUAUUAUGGCUCAAGGCCUUAUCUUGGCUGCUUUGUUUCUUGGUCUUCUCUACCGCAAUACGGAGCGCGUGGAUGAUGCUCUACGUAUAUUCCGCCUGGCUUCUUCUCAUUUGAUCGCAAAAGCAUUGGAACUAUGCGGUGACAAGUGCCACGUAGGAAAGAUUAAAGCAGAGAAAGCUCGAAUGUUUAUCGAUGCUUUUCGAGCGAUCUUCAAGUUCUCUGAAGCGGAGUGUUUACAUUUCAAAGAUUGCAAAGAUGAAAUGUGGGUUUGUAUCGAUGAUGCUCUUGGUAAAUUGGCUAACUGUCGUGGAAAAUUUGAGCGAAUAGAGCAACGAGAUGUAUUCGCUGAUGCUGUUUCUCUUGAAAGAUUUCAACUUCGCGGAAGAGGCAGUUUUCCGGUGUAUCGUUCAAAUGAAAAUCGUCAGCAUGCAGCGCCACGUUUUGUGGAUACUCUGACGAUGGAGCCUCUUCUCAAAAGCUGGUGUGAUACGCUCACUCGAGAAAUGCAGUUCAUUUUGUACACUACGGAACGAGAUGUCGCCGAGCAAAUACUGCAACAAGGAACCCCCAUUGUAUCUGUGAUGUUUCCGAAUCUCCUCCCGCAGUUUUUAGCAAAUCCGUGUAACGUGCUGCGAGCUUGGGUUCCAAUCAUUCGCCCUGUUGUCCAAGGAAUGAUCAGCGAGAUUUUCUCCGGCGUUAAUUCGCAAAGAACGGCUGUGUUUGAACUGAUCAAGACCAAUCUUGCCGAGUGUCAGCAGUAUGCUGUAGAGUUCCUUGACUAUUGGAAGGAACUAUUUUUCCUCUUUCUUCGAUUUUCAUUGUGCAACGACUUGCUCGAUUCUUUUGGAUUUUUGAAAGAAUAA